AAACCCAAACAGCAUUGGCAACUAUGGGGAAAUUAAGUUCAUUCGGAGGUCCCGUGUUAAAGUUGCAACCGAGGCUGUCAUGCUCAUGCUUCCUCCUCGGUUCACCCCAUCUUCUUCUUCUCCUAUAUUUAGGACUUAUUUCUCCAUGCUCUCCACAUGUCAUCGUUCCUGAUCAUCUUCACUACAUCUAUCUUUUGAUUCUCGGUCACUUUCUCUUCUAACGUCCCACCCUCAACCAUGGCUUCUCCUCAGAAAAUCCGUACUACCCUUACGGAUCUGCUCAAGAUCCAACACCCCAUCCUGCUGGCAGGUAUGAACGUGGCCGCCGGUCCUAAGUUGGCCGCAGCGGUCACCAACGCCGGUGGUCUCGGUGUCAUCGGUGGUGUCGGCUACACCCCCGACAUGCUUCGUGAACAGAUUGCAGAACUCAAGAGCUACUUGAAUGACAAGAAUGCACCUUUUGGUGUUGACCUUUUGCUUCCGCAGGUCGGAGGAAACGCACGGAAGACCAACUACGACUACACCAAGGGAAAGCUUAACGAGCUUGUCGACAUCAUCAUUGAGAGCGGUGCACGCUUAUUCGUUUCGGCCGUCGGUGUCCCUCCCAAACAGGUCGUGGAGAGGCUCCACGGUGCUGGCAUCCUGUGCAUGAACAUGAUCGGCCACCCCAAGCACGUUCAGAAGGCCCUUGAUGUUGGUGUAGAUAUCAUCUGCGCCCAGGGCGGUGAAGGUGGUGGUCACACUGGUGAUGUUCCGACCACCGUUCUCAUCCCUACCGUUGCCAAGCUGUGCCAAGGCAAGAAGAGCCCCUUGACUGGUCAGCCUGUACAGGUCGUCGCCGCAGGUGGUUUGUUCAAUGGUAACUCGGUUGCCGCCGCUCUUAUGCUUGGUGCCUCUGCUGUCUGGAUUGGUACUCGCUUCAUCCUGUCCGAUGAGGCCGGUGCUCCUACUGCUCACCAGGAGGCCGUCCGCACUGCCGGAUUCGAGGACAAUGUCCGCACCAUUAUCUUCACUGGUCGUCCCCUUCGCGUUCGCAACAACGCCUACAUCAAGAACUGGGAAGAGAACCGCCAGGAGGAGAUCAAGCAAUUGACCUCCAAGGGUAUCAUCCCUGUCGAACACGACAUGGAGAACUUGCCCGAUGACGUUGAUGACGAGACCCUGGACAACGCCCGUCCCUUCCUGAUGGGCAAGGUCGCCGCCGUCGUCAAUGAGAAGAAGUCUGCCAAGGCUAUUGUUGAUGAGCUUGUUAAUGAUGCCUCUGAUCUGUUGCAGAAGGGCCACAAGAUGCUUGCUAAACUGUAAAUAAUUUCAUUGUUAAUGGCGCACUCCGGGUAUGAGGAUGGUGCAUAUAAAUGUUGAUAUUCAUGACCAUUUACACUGGUUAGCGUUCCCUAUUCCAAUUUUCUUUUCAGCUUGAGAGCUCUCCAGCAGCCGGACUGGACCACGGUUCAAUUUGCAGCUGUUUAGCAGUGGUGUUUGCAACAUUGUGCGGCAGAAAGUAAGGCCAUAGACCACAGAAGACAACAUAGUAAGCUAAACCAGCAUAUAACCUGAGCUAAGUGCCUUUAUACCAAGUAAAGCAAUCUACAAUCCAGAGAUACCCACAAAAGAAUCACCCAGAGACGGCAAUACAUAAAUCCCGACCGAACCCAAGAUAGUAUUAUGCAAUCGGUUCGGCAAGCCGUACCCGUGCAAUUCUCCCUCUCCACCUAGACCCGACCAUGAAACCAACCGAAC